CGAAAACCAACUUCACACGGCAACACUGAUUGAUUUAUUUUGGAAUUUAAUUCGAUCUUUUUUUUGGAAUGCAUGCAACCAAAUGCGAUAAAACAUUAAUUCCUUCACGUAUGGUUCGGGUUUGUGAUACUGUGAGACAACAUUUACGUGAAUUUGGUCCCAAUUCGUUGUGAUGUAAAGUUGCUAGUUUGACCUUUGGUGCAGUUUUAGCUCAAUGUUAAUUUUUGCUUGUUGUUUCUUUUUCUGUCAUCAGCCAUCAGUGCCGCCGCCGUUGGGCACAAGCACGUCUUCGUGCGCGUUCUUCUUCUUCGUCGGUUUUCGCCACUUCUUAUUCGGGGCAGAAAGAAGUGAAAUAUCCACAAAUCAAGUCUCUGAUGGGUCCUGACCUCAGGCUGAAAUGGAUUGUGUGCAUCAUGGUGGCCAUACAAUUUUUAGCUUUUUAUUUCAUCAAAGAUAUGGACUGGAAAUGGGUUUUGUUUUGGACUUAUGCCUUCGGGAGCUGUAUCAACCAUUCAAUGACACUUGCUAUCCAUGAGAUCUCCCACAAUACGGCUUUUGGAAACAACAAAGCUAUGUGGAACCGAUACUUUGCAAUGUUUGCCAACCUCCCUAUUGGCUUACCCUAUUCUGCCUCAUUCAAACGCUAUCACUUAGACCAUCACCGCUACCUUGGAGGAGAUGGUGUCGAUGUAGACAUCCCAACUGAUUUUGAAGGCUGGUUCUUCUGUACACGUUUCCGCAAGUUCAUCUGGAUUAUUCUGCAGCCUCUUUUCUACGCCAUCCGACCUCUUUGUAUCAACCCCAAACCCAUAACUCAUUUGGAGCUGACUAAUGUUUUUGUUCAACUCACCUUUGACAUUCUGCUCUUUUGGGCGUGGGGCGUCAAACCUGUGGUGUACAUGCUGGCUGGCUCCAUGCUGGGUAUGGGUUUACACCCCAUCUCCGGUCACUUUAUAGCCGAACACUACAUGUUCCUCAAGGGUCACGAAACCUACUCCUACUACGGCUCCCUCAAUCUGCUCACCUUCAAUGUAGGGUAUCACAAUGAGCACCAUGACUUCCCCAGCAUUCCGGGACGGAGGCUACCUAUGGUGAAGAAAAUAGCAGCAGAGUAUUACGAUGACCUUCCGCAGUAUACGUCGUGGGUGAAGGUCCUGUACGACUUCAUCAUGGACGACACAUUAAGCCCAUACUCACGAAUCAAGAGGAAGCUGAAAGGGGAUGUCAAACUGGAGUAAUUUCAACGAGCGCUUCUCUGGAACAAACGUCUUGGUAUUAACAUUGAAAAUAUUGAUUUGUUCUUUGAAUUCACAAGAAAAUAUUUAGUCAUCAAGGUCUGCGAGCCCAAUUAAUCAUUUUGAGAUUUGUAUGGGGCAGUGUUGACUGUGCCUGGUAUGGGUUUAUGUAGAUAUCAUAUUUUGUUUUGUUGCUUUUACUGAAAUCAAGACAGGAAAUCAUUUGGUUGCAGGAAGCCUUUUGAAAUCUGACUUUAUGAUGAAAGAAAAAGGUAUAACUCACUUGUUCAUUGUCAGUGUGCCUUUUUAUCGCCUUCUGCUCUCUGCUGACACUUAGAAAAAUCAGCAGGAGGAUAUUCACUGAAUCCAUCAGCGAUUGGGAAAGUUACUAAUCUACACUUGAAUCACAACAUGGAAAGUUUUUUUUUUUUUUUUUAAGAAAACGAUGCACUCUCCAACGGUCGACAAAAGGGGAAGAAAUGGCACACUGCCCUCACCCUCGCUUCAUUGGAAUGUCAAACACUUUUAUGGUGUGGUGACAAAAGGAUGAAUGAGGUUGUCAGUGACGGCUGACGCCAGAAGAACCCAUGAAAAUACAAGACCGGUUUGCUAUCUUGUGAGUCAGAAUCAUUCAAAGGAACUUGAAGAGACCUGUCACAUUAAUAAAAUACAAUUCACUUUAAAAUGUGUAUUUUUCAACGACAUUGGUGGUCCUGUAUGGAUAAAAAAAAAAUUAAAAUCAGCCAUGGUCUUCAUAACAUCAGUUCAGUUCAUUUCUCUGCCUUUUUUAAACAGCUACAGCUUUUAAGACUUCUAACAUUUUAUGUACUGCAACAUUUUACAGUAUUUUUGUUUCCAUAUCAAAUGCACGAAUGACAGUAAAGUAAUCACUUGAGAUGAAGUGGUAAAGUUAAAUGCAUCUUUGUUUUUGGAGAAGGGUUGGUGACAUAUUCAAGUGUUUUCAAUAAAAUGUACAAGCUGAAAGGAAAAGAUGUUCAUGAUCAGAAAUGGCAAUGCUUAAUUUUGACCAAACGGAAAAGGCUGAGACUGUCUGUAUGUAAUAACAAUAAGAAUAAAAUGUGCAUAUUCAUCCA